AUGCUGAACAACAUGUCCUUUAUGGAACAGAAGAUUCAUGAACUGCAGGGUCUUGUUCAUCUCAUCGUUGGCCGUAACGGACAGUACCAAGAUGAGCUCGUUGCUCAACAGCAACUCAUAACCACUGAUCUUACUUCCAUAAUCAUACAGCUGAUUUCAACUACAGCUAGUCUUCUUCCAUCUGUUAAGCAUAAUAUGUGUACAGCCCCCAGUUCAGCCAUGUUCCCUUAUCCAAGGGAGGCUAAUAACGUUGCUUCACAGACUCAAAGCGAGAGAGAGGAGGCACAUGAAAUGAAAAACAAAGAUGAUGCGGAGGAAGGAGAGAAGAGGUAA